AUGAACCUCCGGAAACAAAGAUUACAGUCAAGAAAAACCUCCUUGAACACUUUAAUCAAUACUGAAAAAUGGCGGGCUUACUCUAAAAUAAUCACCCACAUAGAUAGUGAUUUAACAGAAGAAUCGACCACCGACGAGGAUGAACCGAAGGACAACAACCUAAAAAAUUUGACGGAAGAAAUUUUUGGUCGAAAAAGCAUAUCUGCUGACCAAAUCGACCAAGACAUAGAAGUACAUCUCUCAAGAAAACAGACACUCAUUUUAGCUACCAUGGUUCCUGACGAAAUACUUCUGUUAGAAAAAUUUGAAGAAAAAGCAGAGCCAAAAAGAUUCGUCGGUGUCCUUUUAAUGGCAGACGUUUCUGGAUAUACAGCAUUAUCCGAACGUUACUCGAAUACUGGCAGAGGUGGUACAUACCGUUUGACGGUAACAUUAAAUACAUAUUUAGGUUCGCUCAUUGAAGUGAUCUACACUCAUGGAGGCGACAUCUUAAAAUUUGCUGGCGACGCAUUUCUUGCACUUUGGAAGACAAAUAACCGCACCUACCUUAAUCACACAAUACACACUGCUAUAACAUGUGCCUUAAUAAUCCAACAUUCUUUUGGAUCCUAUGAAACUGAUGUGAAAGUCAAUCUUAAGGUAAAAUUAGCAAUUUCAGCUGGAAACCUAAUGUUUGCUCCUAUUGGAAAAGGAAUUGAUAUGAAUUACAUUAUAUUUGGUUUACCAGUACUUGAAGCAAAAACAGCUGAAAGCCUUUGCGUUUCUGGAGAAGUAAAAUUAACACCAACGGCGUGGGGCCACUGUUAUUCUAGAAAUUAUGAUCAUAUUGUUCACGAUGAUGGUCAUGUCACAAUUAAAUCUAUUCUUUAUGACCCUCGGGAGAAAGAUGUAACCAAACCAUUUUUAGGCUUCGGUAAUAUGAUAAGACAAAUAAAAAAGCCUUUUAUCGGUAUCGAAAACCUACCAGAAGCUAUUCUACAAACUACUAAGACAAAAAAUUACAUGGAAUCACUAAAAACCAAUGACGCACUUAGUCUUCGCAAAACAAUAUUGAUAGCUGAAGAAAGAAAUAUUGGUUCAGAAUUACGAAAAUUUAUGAUCAGACCAGUUCUAACCCAAAUUGAUGCUCAUCAGCCAUUGGAAUAUUUGACUGAAAUGCGACAAGUUUCUGUAUUAUUUAUAACAUUGAAACCUCGAAAAUGUCCCUUUCCAAGACUUUUAACUAUAGUUAACAAUUCCUACCAAAUUACUUGCGAAAUUGUGUAUAAAUCGAUGGGGUGUGUCAAUAAAAUAAUUCUUUUCGAUAAGGACAUUAUGAUUCUCGUGAUUUUUGGCCUUCGCGGAUUCAAACAUGAGUCUGAAGCUCAAGCAGCUUUAAAAUGUGCUUAUGGAAUAAAAAAAUCAUUAUCGGCUCUAGAUGGUGUACUUGAAGUUUCAAUCGGCGUAACAACUGGGCAAGUAUACUGUGGUGUAAUAGGUCACCCGCUUCGUAGAGAGUUUACUGUUAUCGGAGCUAUUGUAAAUAAAGCCGCAAGGUUUAUGUGCUACUUCCGUAAUAAAAUAACUUGCGACGAAGCAACUUUUGUUAAAAGUAAAAUGUCUAACAAUGGUUUCACUCUACAACCAAACGUAAAAUUGAAGGGUAUAAUUCAUCCUGGGAAAAUUUAUGAGUACACGGAAGAAAUAAGAGUUAAAGAAUUAUUUAACAUACCAGUGAUACCGCCGCUUUUAGAUCGAAUCGAUGAAAUUGAAUAUUUUAAAAAUUGGAUAGAUGAGUAUCAUUUGCCAUUCAGAGACUUUGAUGCACUUUUAUUGAUAGGCGAAUUUCGCGCAGGAAAAUCUAGACUUCUAGAGUGGUUAAUUCGAUAUGUCAAAAAUAAAGGGCUACGCACUUGUUAUCUUAGCCUUUCGUCUAUUCAUUCGGCAACACCGUAUUUAGCGUUGGGUCAAAUAAUUGAUCAAAUGUUAGGAUUAAAAGAACCCAUUACUGGAUUUUCAAAAGAAGAAAAAAUUGUACAGUUACUAAAUUCCCACAGUACAGACCUAUGUUAUUUAAACAAUACUAUAAAAGUGCGUUUUGCUUACCAUGAAGGCAUUUACACCCAAGAUGAAAACAUACGGAGUCAAAAAACCAAAACCAUAUUUAAGAAAUUAAUUAUGGCAUUUCCUGAACCUCAAGUCAUAUUUUUAGAUGACCUUCAAAACUUAGAUAUUCCUUCCUGGGAGUUUUUAUCCAUCAUGUUAAAUGCACCUAAAAUAUAUACUGUAUUUACAAUAACACGUGGAAAAAUUAACAGUGUACAUAGUUGGCUCUAUAGUGUGUUUAUCAACAACAGUAUAAGAAAAAUUGUUCUAGGUGCACUGACUUCAAAAUGGAUACCUCCGCUAGCCUGUCAGAUUCUUGAUGUAGAGGCAGUUCCUUACGAUUUAUGUGAAACACUAAAAACAAAAUGUAAAGGACUACCAGGUGUAGUAGAAAGUUUUAUCGUACACUUAUUUUCGAACGGGGCCUUAGAGAUAAAAAAAAUUCCGAGGUGUGAGUUAAUUAAUUUUAAAAAUGAAGAUCUUCAAUUUCCUGAUCCCUGUUUAUUACGUCCACAAGCUGUUAAUUUAGAAGAUCAACAAACUCUUGAUCAACUCAUAAAUGAAAGUUCAACUGAUGAGAUAGCAGUAUGUAUCGUCACAAAGAAAGAGGAAUUGAAUACCGAUAUCAACGUACAAAAUCUUGACGCUAUAAUAAUGAUCCAAAUUGAUUCUUUGACACCCUAUCAGCAAUUAUUAUUAAAGAUCGCCUCAGUAAUAGGUGAUGUAUUAUCACGAAAUCUGCUGGAAAAUAUAAUGUAUGAGAACAAUCCACUUACAACAGCUAAAGCAAUAAAAAGAUUAUUUGCUAUGCGCAUCCUGAUAUGUGCAAAUGUUAGAAACCGUUUUAGCCGAAGGACAACUGCAAAAGUAGCAUCAGCCUCAAGUUUUUCUAGCCUUGCAAAUCUAACAUGUGAAUGUUCCUUUGAUUAUGAUCCAGAAGAAAAUGAAAACCUCCCUAAAUAUGCAUUUUGUAAAGUUAUGAAAUUCCGGAAUAAAAAUACAAGAAAAACCUGUUAUGAUCUUCUACCCAUUAACCAAAAAAAAGAAUUUCACUCUCGCAUAGUAAACUAUCUAGAACAGACAAAACAAAAAUGUCCUAGUUGUGGAGGCACAAUUAUGAUAGUACAGUCGAUUACAAACAUUCCAGUGAUAUCGUAUGAAAAUCAAAGAUUCACUAAUAAGAAUCAAAACGCAAUAGAUGAUUAUCAAAAUUUAUAUGAAGUAGAUGAAGAAUUGGAUGUGGCAAGUGUAGACAUCGCCCAAAAUACACCUGCUAUAGAAAACGACGACUUUAUAAAUGUAAGACGGUCAAAAUCAGUAGGCCUAAAUGAAGAACAGUUUGAACUUAAAACGACAAUAAGCGAAAUCAAUACAAGUUUAGAGCAGCUUGAAAAUAAGACCUCUCAACUUUCAACUUCAAUAAAACCUAAAAAUGUAGAUAACUUUGAUAGAGAUUUUAAGUCGACUAAAAGAGUAACGUUGUUAAGUUUUUGGGAUAAAUCCAACAAAUUUUCUGAUGGUGAAAAUUCAAAAAUGUUUAAUACGUUACGUGCAGUUACCGAAGCUAGCACUAUGAAUGAUUGGCAUCGUUUGGGAGUUAUUGACAGCACUGAUGAUAUAGAUGCAAAUAGUAAAAAAAAAUUUAAACUUAAAAUUGAAAAAGGUGUUUCAAAAACAAAUUUUGAAAAAUGUUCAUGCAUGGAAUUAAAUAUUACUAUUUAUGAACAACUUAUUAGUCAUGCCAGAGAAGCAGAUUUGAAAGUAAAAGUAAUUGAAUUUCUUAUAAAAUGUAGUUAUUUGAAUUUGUUGGCCAAUAAUCUUGACUGUGUUUUGUCUAAACUAGAAGAAGCAGAAGAGAUUUGUUCGGAAAACCAGGUGAUAUGUUUGUCUAAUUUCGAAAAACGCAGGUUUUUGGGAAGAAUAUAUUCACUAAGAGCGGCUACUUUAUUAAUGAGUGGAAAACUAUCAGCUGCAAAAAUACAUAUAGAGCGUGCAACCAAGAUAUAUGGUUUCAGUCUUGACAAAGUUUCAGACUUUUUCGAUAUUAGAAAUUUUACAUUAAAGCGGGGCAAAUACUUGAAGCACUACAUGAUUAUGAAAUCCGAUUCGAUAUUUUGUCUUAAUAUCACAACUUUAUUAUUUUCUGCUUUAGGAGAUAAUAAGGUUUCAAGGAUAUCCGCACUCCGUGCUUUAAAUUUAACACAGAAAGUGGAAUGCAACGUCGUGGAUUUAUGCGAUGCAUUCAGUAAUGCUAUUCAAGUAGAACUAGUUCGUGGAAAUGCUGAAAUUACAGACGAAAUAGAGCAAAUGGCGGUUCUUACGUUCAGAAAACUAUUACGACCGAUACAAGCCGAUGAGAUGUUUGCGAUUGGGAAAUUUUUCAUGUCAUCCUUUCGUGCUAGAAUAGCACGUGGUAAACUUGCUGCCUCGAUCCGUUCGGGUUUAAGAGCUCUUGUCAUUAGUCGUUUUCUCAAUGCGUACGAUAUUUCAAUUGACAUUAUACCUGAUCUUUUUUAUAUUUUAUUAUCUAGGCGUCGAAUUGAAGAGACUAUAGACGUACUUAAGUUACCAUUACAGUUAAGCUACAAACGAUCAGCAAUAGAGGGUAAAACAUGGUAUUAUGCCCUUUGCAUGGAUCUUAUACUGGACGCAGGUUUUCAGUUGGAGUCUCCCAAUGAGAUAAGUCAAUUUGCAGAACAGGCGUUAAGUAAAGGCCUAAUAGCAGGUCCAAGCAGGCGAAGAUUAGUUAUUGGUCUAUGGACGUAUUGGCUGCGUGCAAAUGUUGACCAUCUAGCAAAGCGAUUUGAAUCAGAGGCAUUAAGUUGGACAGCUUACGAAGAAGAUAAUGAUUCUCUGACCAAUAUAUUAAGUGCACUAAGAUUAGCUGAAGGAAUGCUAGAAAGCUUAGCCAGGAAAAUGGAUGACCUGCGGAAGGUGGUUGACUUGUUGGAGCUUCGGUCAAUAGCUGACAGGGAACUAGUUAGGCUGGAAAAAGACGCUCGUUUUUUGCGAAUAAUUUAUCCGAGAUGGAUGUUAUUAAAAGCAAACUCUCUUCUAUUAUCAGGCCGGCAAAAUGCAGCAAUGAACUUAUCUAACCACGCUAUCGAAGAAGCACGACGAAUCCAUAGUCACUUGGAAGAAUCACUAAUACGUGCUUCCUUAUCUAACUCGCGCUUUUGGAUCCAAAGUGCACGAGCCGGAAAUUUUAUGAAAUGGCAAGAAGGUUGUGAACAUGCACAGGUGGCUUGGUAUCAAAUAAUGUACAGAAUAACCACAACACGAUAA